AUUUCUUAGAAUGGAGAAAGUAGAACUGUAGUAUAGUUUGGAGGAGAGUUUGCCGACGACCCAAAACCCAGGAUGAAGCCCCUGCCCUCAACAUCUUCCAAAAACCCUGUCAAGUUUAGAAUGCCUACUGCAGAUAAUUUAGUUCCAAUUCGUUUGGACAUUGAGAUCGAUGGCCACCGCUUCAAAGAUGCCUUUACUUGGAACCCUUCUGACCCUGACUCAGAGGUGGUGGUGUUUGCAAAAAGGACAGUAAAAGAUUUGAAGCUUCCUCCAGCAUUCAUAACACAAAUUGCUCAAUCCAUUCAAUCACAGCUUGCAGAAUUUCGAUCAUUUGAAGGGCAAGAUAUGCAAACUGGCGAGAAGAUUGUUCCAAUCAAGCUUGACCUUCGUGUAAAUCAUACUCUCAUAAAGGAUCAGUUUUUGUGGGAUUUGAACAACUUUGAGAGUGAUCCUGAAGAGUUUGCAAGAACUUUCUGCAAAGAUUUGGGGGUUGAGGACCCUGAAGUUGGACCUGCAAUUGCUGUUGCAAUCAGAGAACAGCUAUACGAGAUUGCAAUUCAAAGUGUAACUUCAGCAAGAGAAACCAGAAUAAGUAAGAAGGGCCGCAGAGGAGCAGAACAUAUCCCAGCUAGCAAAGCAAGUGGGACUGCAUUGGAUUUGAUGAAGUUGUUUGGUAACAAGUCAAGCAUCAUUCGGAAAAGAAGAGAAUGGGAUGUAUAUGAACCCAUUGUUGAUAUUCUGUCAAAUGAGGAAGUGGAUGUCCUUGAAGCAAGAGAAGACAGGAAUGCUCGGAGAAUUGACUAAGUUAUACAUUUAGGGUGUGUGAGUAGAUAUUUUGAGCAAUAUAUUUGUGGAUUAGGAGUUGUAAUUUUUCUUAGAAAGCUUUUAACAUUAUGUAGUUCAGAAACUAGACUAUUGAACCCUGUCAAUCCAAAGGUCCAGCAUGUUAGAAUGGUGAGUGAUUGCCCCUUUGUGUUUUCUUGUACAUUCUGUAGCUUGAAAUUUGUAAAAGAGGUUUGGCAACAAGGUGGAUGACCAUUUCAUUUUUUUU